UCAGUAAUCAAAAUUAUUGAAAAAACUCAGAAUUAAAUGUCCGAAAUCAUUUAUUUGCAGAAAUUAAAUCAAUUAUCUGAUUUUUUUCUUCAAGCCAUAAUUUGACAGAUCCAGUAAACAUGUUUUCCCUUCUAUGAUUGCGUGUGUGAGUUGUAAUUCAGCUGAUUGGAUUGAGAUGUCAAUCUUCGACGGGCUCCCCAUUCCGAAAGACAAAUCGUUUUUAAAGGAAGAACUUUCGAGAAUAGAUGAAAGUUGGGCAGCAGCGCGCUUUGAUUCGUUACCUCAUGUUGUGCACAUUUUAACAUCCAAAGAUGGUGAAGGGGAAGUGAAGGUCUUAAAGGAGCAAAGUGAUAUCAUUGAAGAAGUUGUUGAUGAAGUUGUUCAUGCAUAUCAUGGCGGCUUCAACAAAGCAAUUCAAAAUUAUUCCCAGAUUUUGCGGUUGUUCAGUGAAUCUGCUGAAAGCCUUGGGGAGUUGAAGGUUGAUUUAGCCCAGGCAAAGAAACUUCUUGGCGCCCAUAAUAAACAAUUGCAUCAGUUGUGGUACCGGUCAGUUACUUUGCGACACAUAAUCUCGUUAUUAGAUCAAGUUGAAGGCAUAGCCAAGGUCCCAGCUCGUAUUGAAAAGCUUAUUGCUGAAAAGCAGUUUUAUGCGGCAGUACAGUUACAUGUCCAGUCAAGUUUAAUGCUUGAGAGAGAGGGCCUCCAAGCGGUGGGUGCUCUUCAAGAUGUACGGUCAGAAUUGACAAAACUGCGGGGAGCCUUUUUCUAUAAAGUUUUGGAAGACCUACAUUCUCAUCUCUACAAUAAGGGUGAAUACAGCUCAGAUGUCUCAAGUAUGCUUGAAAGUGAUGAUGCAAUUCCAACUGCUACAGCUGUGACGUCCUCCAUGAAUUAUUCACACUCUCUCUCGCGAAGAACCAGGAAAGGAGAUGGUGAUGGAGUGUAUAGGCCCAGUUCAGUUGAUGGGGGUUCAUCAUUUGAUGGCCACAAUGAGGAUGGCACCUUGGAUAUGCAUGAUGAUGCUGCACCUAAUGGGUAUACUCCUACAAUGAAGGCUAACGGUGGUGAUGCAAGAAUGUUCUCUCGUCAUAUUCCAGUGUGGCUAUCAGAUUCUACUCCUGAUGAAUUUGUCGAAGCGAUGCGAAAGAGUGAUGCUCCUGAGCAUGUGAAAUAUUUGCAGACUAUGGUUGAGUGUCUUUCCAUGCUUGGAAAAGUUUCCGCAGCUGGUGCUAUUAUAUGCCAACGGUUACGUUCUACAAUCCAUGAUAUCAUUACUGCCAAGAUCAAAGCACAGGCAGGACGUGCCAGUGGGCCAAGGCCUGGUCUCGGCCACACUGCCUUGCCUACAGUCGUAGGUCUACACUAUCUAAAGGACCAGCUGGAACACCACUUAGCAAAACACAAACGUCAAAAUGGGGUAUCACCAACUGGAGCUUUAGCUGUGAGCCCUGUCUCUCAUGUAAUGUCUCCUUCUGGAACAGCCCAAAUUUCAGCAAGGGACCUACUUGAUUCUGUACUGGACACAGUUGUUCGGAUAUUCGAAAAUCAUGUUAUUGUUGGAGAGUUGCUCGAGUCAAAAUCUUCACAGCAACUUAAUAUGAACACACCAAAGACAAUGACUGCUGAUGUCAGUUGGAGUAAUGACUCUGAUGCUUCUAAUGAUACUGGCGGCUUCAGUAUUGGUUUUUCCUUGAAUGUUCUACAGAGUGAGUGCCAGCAACUUAUAUGUGAGAUCCUACGAGCAACCCCUGAAGCUACAUCUGCAGAUGCUGCUGUGCAAACAGCUAGACUUGCCAGCAAAAACCCUUCUAAAGACAAGAGGGAUGGAUCAGAUGAUGGACUUACUUUUGCAUUCCGGUUCACUGAUGCUAGUACCUCCGCUGCUAACCAGGGAUGGAGAAGACCAAAUGUCGUGCAAGAAGGUUAUGGGACUGGAGCCGUGCUACCAGAGCAAGGGAUAUACUUAGCAGCAUCAGUAUACAGGCCAGUAGUUCAGUUCACAGACAAAGUUACAUCAAUGCUUCCUCAAAAGUUCUCUCAACUUGGAAAUGAUGGAUUGCUUGCCUUCACAGAGAACUUUGUGAAGGAUCACUUUUUGCCAACUAUGUUUGUGGAUUAUCGGAAAAGCGUACAGCAAGCCAUAUCAAGUCCAGCUGCAUUCCGGCCACGAGCUAAUGCAGCUGUGUCGUACACUCCAUCAAUUGGAAAGGGACGACCUGUUUUACAAGGAUUGCUAGCUAUAGAUUGCUUAGCGAAAGAGGUGCUUAUGUGGGCUCAAGCUAUGCCAAAGUUUGCUGGUGAGUUAAUCAACUAUGUGCAGACAUUCUUGGAAAGAACCUAUGAAAGAUGCCGGACAUCGUAUAUGGAGGCCGUUCUUGAGAAGCAAAGUUACAUGCUUAUUGGGAGACAUGACGUAGACAAUCUCUUGCGACUUGAUCCGGCAAGUGCAUACUUGCCAAAUUCAAUAGAUGAUGGAACCUUAGAAACCAAUAAUUUGGAUGCUGAAUCAAAUGGAGUAGAAAUGGAACUAAGUGAUAUACUACUGAAUCUGAGACCUAUCAAGCAGGAAAACCUAAUACGCGAGGAUAACAAACUUAUCUUAUUAGCUUCAUUGAGUGAUUCAUUGGAAUAUGUCGCAGAUUCAAUUGAGAGGCUAGGGAAAUCAUCUUCAAAAGCUUAUAAUCAAGUGGUAGAAAAUGAACCCCAUCAUGCUAGAACAAGCAGUUUACCUCCAAAAGAUCUUGAAUCAUUUGCUGAAGACUAUAGGAAACUGGCUAUUGAUUGCCUUAAAGUUCUUCGAAUAGAGAUGCAGUUGGAGACAAUUUUUCAUUUGCAGGAAAUGACAAAGAGGGAGUAUUUGGAUGACCAAGAUGCAGAGGAGCCAGAUGAUUUUGUUAUAUCAUUAACUUCCCAGAUAACACGUCGAGACGAGGAAAUGACACCAUUUGUUGCGGAUGUGAAACGGAAUUACAUAUUUGGUGGGAUAUGCCCUAUUGCUGCCAAUUGGUCUAUAAAGGCUUUGGCUGAGAUGAAGUCUAUCAACCUCUUUGGCGUUCAACAGAUUUGCCGUAACUCAAUUGCAUUGGAACAGGCUUUGGCUGCUGUCUCUUCAAUUGAUAGUGAAGUUGUGCAAAUGAGAUUAGAUCGUGUUCGGACAUACUACGAAUUACUAAACAUGCCCUUUGAGGCAUUGCUUGCAUUUAUUCAAGAGCACGUUGACCUUUUCUCAGCUGCAGAGUACAUGAAUCUUCUGAAAGUCUUUGUCCCGGGCAGGGAAAUUCCCGAGGACGCUCAUGAUCGUCUAGCAGAGAUUUUGCCUAGUUGAAAAUUUGAUUGCAAAAUUUGUACACUGUUCUCACCUUGAGCAAGGAACUCGUAAAGUUUGUGGUUGCAGAUGAAACUGAUGCGAAGGAAUAUGGAGGGUCCCGACCUUUCUUUAUCUGCAUUGCUGGUUUCAAAAAUUUCCAGCAUGAAUCAAUAUUUGCAAGCUCACAUCUGCAGUUUUAGUAUAUAUAUUGGCAAUUUUACGUAUAUUUUGUGAGUGAUUCUUUCAGACAGACAAACAUGAAAUGAUUUCUAGUCUUUGUUUCUUCUUAUGUACAUUCAAUUUUGUAUCAUCGGAUUUGUUUGGCAGCAAAGCAGAUUUUAUCUGAGUA